AUGCCUGAAUUGGACCAGUCCUCCAACAUGGCCAACUUGACAUCGCAAACCAGUUUCCGUCUCGCAGAUGGGUUGGGAUAUGCUCUUCAGCAGAAUCACCGCUCUGUCAUUAAGCUGAACUUACAACACUUCCUUCGACGCCAGGUAUUUGGUUUUCAAAUCCAUCCUUCCGUCCCCACAGAUCUUGAGAAGAUCGCCGAUGUGGCUUGCGGGACCGCAUUGUGGCUGAUCGACGUUUCCCGGGAAUUCCCUCACUUCCAAAUCGACGGACUGGAUGUUGAUUUGACUCAAGCCCCUCACCCAAAAUGGCUCCCCUCCAAUAUCCAUCUUCAACAAUGGGAUAUUUUUUCGGAUGUGCCAGCAGGCCUAGAGGCAAAAUAUGACCUUGUACAUGCCCGACUUCUUGUACUGGUACUUUCUGGCCUGGACCCUAUGCCUGUAUUGCAUCAUUUGUUUUAG